AUGCAUAAAUACUGUGCUUUAUCCAACACUCGUCUUUGUCUACGUCCAUUGCAGACAACCAUGUCAAAAAUGGCAGAAUUAGAAAUCAUAGAUUCAAAGGGACUUCCUCUUAUCAAAGGCGAUUACUGUCCUGCAGGACCCGGCCACCUACGAGCCCCAUGCCCCGUUCUCAACUCGCUUGCAAACCACGGGAUCAUUGCACGUAGCGGCCGCAACAUCACCGCCGCCGAGUUAAAAGCGGCGCUCCGCUACCUGGGCAUGGGCAUCGAUGUCAUCACAAUCCUCGUCAACGGGGCGUUCAAAGUUCACUCUGACGACCCGAAGAAAGGUGCCCUGCUCGGACUACGAGAUAAAGACCAGACGAACGAAGACGGUGUACCCGUGCUGAACCUCGACCAGGUGGGCCGACCUCACGCCGUGGAGCACGAUGUCUCUGUAACCCGACAGGACCGCGCCCUGGGCGACUGCAUGCGUGUGAAUGCCGACCUUCUGGAGCGAUUCCUCGCGGCUCCAAAAACAGAGAGGGGUUUCAGCGCGUCGGCUUUCGGUAAGUAUCGCAAGACUCGGUACAACGAGCAAAAGAGAGACAAUCCGGCUUUGGAGUUCGAUAGGUUCAAUCACUUCAGUGGAUGCGCGGAGCUGAGAGCGGUUCAGUGUAUAUUUGGUCGGGGGUUCCCGUAUCGUGUGCCAGAGGAAUAUAUACGAGUGUUGUUUGGUGAGGAGCGUCUACCCAUCGAGGAGGGAUGGAAGCCAAGACGAUUACCGCUGUUGUUGCCCGAGCUUGCGCCGGUGAUUCUGAGGAUUUCACAUUUCGCGUCGCCUUUUUGA